UUUUCUAAAGAUGGGUAACACCGUCGAAGAGGACACUUCAUGUGAAAGGUGUUAAUGUGUCAAUCGAGCGGAGAAGGUGCUGAUGCAGUGAUUCGCCUCGAGCAUCGCUUAGAAUCAAGUCAUUUAGUUGAAAAAAAGGUAACGGAACGGAAAUUGAAUUUCGUAAUGUGAGUUGAAAUUAGGUGCACUGUGUUGUGAAUGCGUAUGUCGAUUGAGGAGUGAAGUGUAGUAAAAGAUCCCCGGAACUGGAAAUUUACAUCCCGGAUGGAUCUAAAUGAAUUGCGCGCCUUAGGGAGACGGUUUUAAUUGCAACUGAAGAGAGUGAAUUUAAUUAAUUGUUCUGAAUCGUAAAAACCAGGAGCUGCUGUGUGUGUAUUCUUACGGUUUUGAACAAAGUUCUACUCGAUGCGGUUUUGGUAUUUUCAUGCAAGAACAUAACCAGUGAAGAUGGGGGGAAGAUGUAGAACGUGCAGAUAAUUUGGAAUUAACUUGUCAGUGUUCAGUGCUGAUGUCCCACGCAACAACUAAUAACGACGCUAAGUCCUUUUUCGCAUCUACUCUGCAAGUGACACAAAACCUAUCGUAAAUCAUACCUCGCGGAACAUUUCCACCGUGUUGUUUUCUCCUCGAUAGCACCAACUCAGAGCCAAGCGCUUUCCUAAGCCGACACUAAUUGCCUGCUCCUAUGCAACCUGUACGGACCCGGCACUGGAGUAGCUUAAUGAUAAAAAAGUUACAGAAGUACGUGGAAAAUGGCCCACCUCUCCGCUGGGCCCGUGCAACACCCACCAAGUGAAUCCCGUGGCCAGCCUACAAAAUGAUGACCGAAGUUAGCGUCAUCCAUGUGGCCAACAUUAGCAGUUUGCUCAUUCUGUCGAUUCAGCAGACGACAACCAUCAAUGGGGCCACCGUUGUCAACGCUGGUGAUGGCGGUGGCGACGGUUUCGGUGCUGGUCUGUCAAUGGUUGUGGAAGGCGACAGUGGCAGUGGGGCGAGGGAAGGCAGUGGAAGUGCAGAUAGUGGAACAAGCAGUACUCUUAUCAUUAGCAGUGCAAGCGAAGACUUUGGCGAACAUCGGGUGGGUGGUCACGAGCAGAACUCUGUACCGAUUGCGGCGCCGGAGCUGAUGGAAUCCUGGGCGUAUGUCGCCGCCGCAGUAACGCUCUUCUUCAUCGGAUUCUUCGGGUUCUUUCUGAAUCUGUUUGUGAUCGCGCUGAUGUGCAAGGAUAUGCAGCUCUGGACUCCGAUGAACAUCAUUCUGUUCAAUCUAGUGUGCUCCGACUUUUCCGUGUCGAUCAUCGGCAACCCGUUCACGCUGACAUCGGCCAUUUCGCGACAUUGGCUGUUCGGUCCAACGGUUUGCGUCGCAUACGGAUUUUUCAUGUCGUUGCUAGGAAUAACAUCAAUCACCACGCUGACGGUGCUCUCGUACGAGCGGUUCUGCCUGAUUAGCUAUCCGUUCUCGUCGCGGAGCCUGAGCCGGAAGGGGGCCGCCUUCGCCAUCCUCUUCAUCUGGAGUUAUUCGUUUGCCUUGACGUCGCCGCCGCUGUUCGGUUGGGGAGCGUACGUGAACGAGGCGGCCAACAUCAGCUGUUCCGUCAAUUGGGAGUCCCAAACGAUAAAUGCCACCAGCUACAUCAUAUUUCUGUUCAUUUUCGGCCUGGUCGUUCCGCUGGUGGUGAUUAUUUACAGCUACAGUAACAUAGUCGUCAAUAUGAAAAGGAAUGCAGCCCGCAUGGGCCGGAUAAACCGGGCCGAGAAACGCGUUACCCGAAUGGUGUUCGUCAUGGUGCUCGCCUUCAUGGUCGCCUGGACGCCGUACGCCGUCUUUGCGCUGAUCGAGCAGUUCGGCCCUACGGAAAUCAUCAGCCCGGCGUUGGGUGUUCUGCCGGCCCUGAUUGCCAAGUCUAGCAUUUGCUACAAUCCGAUCAUUUACGUCGGCAUGAACACCCAGUUUCGGGCGGCCCUCAAACGGGUCCGGAACACCGACUCCGUCGAUAACAACACAACGACCAACCACAAGGACAUCACCAUGGACACCAGCAAGGAGAUCGUGGAGUGUAGUUUCGACUUUUGUCGGAAAAAGCGACUGAAAAUAAGACUGCAUUCCUGCCCCAAGAGCAACAACAACCAUUCGAUGGCCGAUCCGAGUAGUACGAGCAAUGCCGAGCUGGACCGGCCGACUAAUGGUCAAACGACGACGCUCAAUUUGAACGAGUGCUCACUGCCGUUCAGCGGUAAGGCUGCCAAGAAACGUUUGCGGUCGGAUUUUGAACUAUCUGUGAUCAAUAGCGGGAAGUCCAUUCUAAUCAAAUCGAACACAUUCCGGUCCAAUCUGGUGUAACGAAGGAGGGAUGGCGUAGCGUGUAGAGUAUGUGGGCCUUAUUGAACCUCAGAUAGUACGAGUUUUCCCAAUUUAGACCGGCUGAUUAGUCAACGAAGAUUUGAAUUAGUAAUAAUUAACGAACUAGGAUGGUGCCCGAAAAAUGGAAUUGGCAAAACCUUCGGUACCAUUCUUCGGAUAUAGUGACUGAGUACAAAAAUAAAACGGCUUGCACAGAGUGAAGUCACAA